AUGGAACCCUGGUAAGUGGAAACAUGGACCAAAACCUGCGGUCCAAUUCCUGGUGGCUUAAUUCCGACCCAUACCCAGAUCUAUUUGCAUGCAACUAGGUAAUGGCUGGGGUCCUGGAGCAGCUCCGCACCAUAGAUCGGGCUACAUCAAUCAAGCGAGCAUUUUUUGCAGCUGGACAUCCUGGAAAUGCCAGCUGACGUCUUUCCGGAAAUAUGAAGAUGCUUAUGGAUGGAUGGUGUCAGCCAGGGCUCAUAAGAGGACACCCUCGCGCUCAGCAUGGAAUUGGCAGCACAGCGGUUGGCGAUAUCCGAGAUUUUCGAUUUGGGGGGCCAUGUGCAGGACAUCCCAUAGACCUGGAAGAUGGAACAGCUCUGAAGGCAGGGCUGCAGCUUGCCAGACUUCAACAUGGAAUACAAGUCCUCCAAGUCACUCCACAUCAUGUGGCCAAACGACUACUUAUAUUUGAGGAUCGCUUUGCUACACACGGCACUCUUUGGAAUGCUGGGAUAGCUGCUUGUAGGCAGGUGGCUCUGGGUUUCCAGGUCGUGUUUGACAAAGAUUUUUGAGGAUGUACGUGAGAGCAUCCGGUCUUUCCAAACAAAGUACCUUCUUCCUUUCGAUGACUGGCUUGCAGUGUGCCAGCUGAGGGACAGCCCAGUCUCUGAGCACAGAAGCCUUGCACCUGAUUUUGCAUCUGAACGCAAAUCUUGCAUGUUGGAACGAUUGCUCGAUCGAUGACGGGUGGGGUGGGGACCCCCCCUGCUUUUGCACUUCCAACCAAGUGCAAGGCGGCUUUGAUUUGUCUGAGCAUGCUGGAAACUAGCCUACUCGGCUUCGCCCGAUGAGUUUUCAUGGGGCAGGUCUUCAGGCUGGCCUCGGCAAGCUGUGGCUGAGCUUGGUGGAGUCACUUCGAGUCCCGGCAGCCUUGGGUCGUGCCAGGCCCGCAGAAGGCGCCGUCGCGCCAGCUGCGUCAAGCGCCUAUCUCAAUAGGUCCUCGUCAGGUAGCCCACAGGCCGCACAACUCUCCAAACAAAACGAGAAGGAAGCGCCGCGUGGACUCUGACAGCGACAGGGGCCUGCGCGGCCAAGAGGCAACCUUUGACGAGCUCACCGACCGCGGACGAAGCCGAGCUUGCGCCGCCCUGCUUCGGAGACAAGGAGGGGUGUGUCUUCGACAGAAAAGGGGUCCCUGCGAGGCCCGAAGCGGAGUUCGCCGAGGGCCAGCAAACGGUUGACUUCGCCACUUUCGCGGUGUUCACAUGAGGUUCGCCAACUUGCAGCCCGAUGGCAGACUCAAGUUGGUUGAGGUCCGAGCCCAUGUUUGCAAACUGCUGGCAAAGAGCUUGGCAACCCUGUGGUGAGCUGGUUAGAGGUUUGGCGUCUGCUGGUGAGCGCGAGGAAUGCAGAGAAGAAUGCUGGUCGGAUCCAGGCGAGAAGCUUGGGCCCAGCGCCUCUGAGUGUUCCGUCCUUACAGCCUGACCAAGCCUGUGGAGACAUGCAAGAUUUCCAGCUUAGCUUGACGCUCGCCGGAAAGAAUACGGGUGUGUGAGCUGGCAGUGGGGGCUUGGCGAGCCAAAGGUUGACUGUGGCGCCUUCUUGCAGGCCACCGAUGGGCGCUGAGCGGCAGAGCUGGCGAAUCUGGAUCGUUUGGCAAUUGUUUCUGAGUGCAAAUCUUGCGUGUUGAAACAACUGCUCCCCUCCCUUUUGCAGCACCAACCGUUGCGGUUGCCUUCUUGCCCCUCUUUGGCUCCAGGCGCAGAGGCGCUUGCUCAGUGCAUAAGGCGCUUCCCCCCCUGUCCCGUGAGGGCUGAACAUGGAGGGCAGACCAACAAACGACCGCCCAAUUGGCGAGGUGCGUGCAGCGCGUGCGAGACUUCUUUCGCCAGACUUUGGGCCACCGGCGCUGCCGGCGCAGCCGGUGCAGCCUGCGCGCUCCGCCGUGGGCGUCACCGUGUGCAGGUCCGUUGUGGAGCGCUGGACGUGGUACCGCCAGAAGCGGUGGAGUUCAUUAACAAUAAUGUGUUUGAGAUGGAGCACCCUUAUCCGACCUUCGGGCUGGUGGAUUCCGUGGACUCGCCGGCCUUUCUUUCCCCAGGCUCUGUACCAAGCCGUGCUGAAGUUCAUCGGCGACAAAGGCGUUGGGAGUUCCUGGGAGUUCCAGGCCGGACCCGGAGCACCCGAAAGGUUGCGCUGCCUGCCUGGCCUGGGUGUGCACAGUGUACACCGCUUGGGUGACAUGGACGCGGUGGCCACUGUGCACCUCGAGAAGGGGCCGCGGCGGCAGAUUGUGGCUUUCCUCCCGUUCGAGAAACGUUUGGAAGCCAAAAGUCUACUAUCACAAUUCUUCGAGAUGUGCCUGGCCCACUCGAAUGUGAAAGCUGUGUCCGACACUGUGAGAGAGGAGGCGGAAGCCCAGGGAGGCAAGUGGUGGGUGCAAGAGUUGGUGGAGCAGGCCAUCAGAGAGCAAGAAGCAGAGGAAGGAAAGGAAGACACCGCGAUCGACGCGGAUCCGGAUCGCUGGAGCGAGCUGAAGCCAGACGAGGCAGAGAAGCGAGGGGCUCGGCGCCUAGGCUUGGACUUCGACCCCUUGGGACCUGCGUGAAUC